UAUAGUGUUGAAUUUAUGUCAUAUUAUCGUAAAUGUAUGUUAACUAAGUUCGAGUGAUUAAUGAGUUUCUUUUAGAAAAAAAUGUUUUGAAAAACCUAGUUCGAUUCAUUGUAAGAAUAAUUUUUUAUCAGACUUUACUUACUUUAUGGUGGAAUUGUGGACUAUAAUAAUAGUUCCUUUCUCCGAGAAUGAGAAUAAGAGGGUUAAUACAAAAAAUUUAUAAAAAAAGUGUUACAUAAAGUGAAAAUUAUGUCACAAGGUAGUUGAGGGUCAGUUGUAUUUCUGUGAUUGUUGUAUUAAUAUCAUUCAUUGAGUUUUAUCAAAUCAAACAUAUUCACAUGAAAUGGAGAAUGAUGUUGGGGUUAACAAUUUGCAGCUUCAUCUUGGUGCAUCCAAUUUGUCCUUAACAUCUGAACAAAUGUCCCCUCUUUUAAGCAAUGAAAGAGAAACUUCUCAAGACAUACAACAGGAACCUAAUAAAGGAUUGCCAAAGUUAUUGGAUUAUUCUUCAUAUCUGAUUCAUUUGGCUGUUUUUGGUAUUCUUGGGGUAUUAACAAGAUAUAUAUUGGACAAGUUAUUUGGCCCUAGUGUUGGUCAUGUGACUAGUGACCAAACUAUUCUUUACAUUGACCUUCCUUCUAAUAUGGUUGGUUCUUUUCUGAUGGGAUGGUUUGGUGUUGUAUUCAAAGAAGACAUAUCAAAUGUGUCUGAGUAUCUGGCUGUUGCACUUACGACUGGUUACUUAGGGAGUCUAACAACGUUCAGCGGCUGGAAUCAGAAAAUGCUUGAACUUGGUGUUACUGGGAAUUGGCUCUUUGUUGUGCUUGGAUUUCUAAUAGGGUUAUUUCUUGUUGCAUUUUCCAUCAUAUUUGGGAUAGAAACAGCUAAAGGUUUCAAGGGGCUUCUUAGAACGCUAAAUAUGACUUCAGGAAGUGAAACUAGUAGAAACAAGAUCAAGGCAAAGGACGAAGGCUUCAAGCUUCAGUUGACAGUUACGGUGAUGUUAUUGCUGAUUUUAGGCUUGUUAUGGGGUCUUAGUGGUGUGUUAAUGAUUGCUGAGUUCAGGAAUGGUGAAAAUUCUUUUCUAUGGAUUGCUUGCAUAGUUGGACCUUUUGGUGUGUGGAUUAGGUGGCUUUUAUCCCGAUUAAAUGGACAUGGAUUAGGAUCAAGAGAUUUGUUGAAUUGGAUUCCAUUUGGAACUCUAAUUGCAAAUGUCUCUGCUGCUUGUAUCAUGGCUGCACUUGCUACAACAAAGAUAUAUGUGAACACCAGAGAUUGUGAUACUAUUAUAAAAGGCAUACAGUUUGGUCUGUUGGGUUGUUUGAGUACUGUCUCUACCUUUGUUGCUGAGUUCAAUAAAAUGAGAGAAGGAAUGUACCCUUGGAGAGCAUAUGUAUAUACUUUAAUCACAAUAUGUUCCUCAUUCUUUUUAGGAAUUUUAAUAUACUGUGUACCUAUUUGGAGAAUGGAUGAAUUAUAAAUGGAAGGUGGCCAUAGAAAGGUAACCUUGUUUCUGCAGCCGCUAUAGUGUUAUGCUAUAGUGUAGCGGAAUUUGAACAAACUAUAGUUCCAUGAUCCAUGAGUUAGUAUAAAGUGUUGUCAAAUACCAGCUAUAGCGCUGUAGUAUAGCAGAAUUCAAACAAAUCGCUAUUUUAUAUGCUAUUUGUCAAAUGUAUUUGUUGCUCAAUACAAAUUGCAUUUAUUUGUCAAGUA